UGGAACUCAACCAUAGUAAAAAGUGGUAACUUGGUAAAAUAUGACGAAAUAUUGAAACGUGUAAUGGAUGCCUUAUUCUUCUUUAGGCCCAGAAUUGCUAGAUAGGCAUGUACGUGUAAAGUGAUCUGUUCCAAUGCAGUCCAGCUGUACUGGACCCAUUGGAAAAUUUUGUUUUUUUUUCGUGCCCAAUUACUAUACUUGUAGCCCGAUCAAUAUGACCUGGGUACGUGGCCGACCCAUUAGAUGAGGAGGCACGGAUGAAAAAAUGCGAAUAGAAAAAGUAGAGGGUUUCCUGUGGUCUUUGGACGACUGGAAAGAAAGGGUUGUUUGGUGAUUCCACUAGUAAAAAGCAAAAGAACCAUAUCUUAUCAGCCCUAUCAGCUUAUCAUAAAAGCUUGGACCAUCUGACAUCGGAUCGGUUCUUAUAACUCCGACUAUGGAGACAUGUAGGAGCUAUCCAUGUGAUAAGUCUCCCAGAACUCUCGACAUCACUGAAUAUCACAAGCUACAUCAACAUAUUCCUUACAAGAUGCGUCAAAGAAUUACCUACUUUCAUAAACCCGAGAACGGAGUUGAGCCGGCCUCCUUGACAGUUUCGGGUCGUUCCAUCUCUGGGCCAGAUAUCAUAGCUGAGCGCGAGGACCGAAUCACCUUAGCUCUAGAAGAGCUUCCCAUCGAACUUCAACAUGUGCUUCGAGAAGCCCAGGAACUAUACGUGCGAUGGCAAAAGCCAACUGCCUACAAAACCAUAGGCCCUUGGAGUUCAAGGUUGCCUCCUGGAUUACAUGCAUUCUAUACUCCUAUUCAUAGCGAGAAACCUGAUGGUGGACGUCUAUGUCGCCUGUUUCGAACAGCUUUUGGACCGUUGGAUUGUUCAUCAACAUCCGGGUCGUUUACCAAGUUACCCAACGACCGGUUCUCCCAUUCCACUGCAUACCAAUUCUACCAUAUCCUCAACGACCUAACCCAUUUCUCGACAUACCUUGAACAAUAUGUCUGUGCUUCCGGUGACGCAGAUUGCAAGACACGAGCCCAGCGACUCCUCGACGCAAAUUCUGUAGACCUCUCAUACGAUGCGAUAUCUCGCGUUGUGAAAGUCACAUCCGUAUGGCCACAUAAACGACAACCCUUGUCUAUCGAGUCCCAUCCAAGUCACAGAGCAGAAGUUGGCAUAAUGACAUCGGAUGUACCUGCACAUUUAGAGUCGCACGAAGUUGGUGUCGCCGGACUGCUCACAGUUUUGGGUGAAGAUGGCAGACCUGCACCAACUCUGUUCUCUUUUCCAUCCCGUCAUAAGACUGCCCCUCGCUCUAGCUUCUCGUCUAAUCUCCUUCGCCCAUGGGGCUUACACCCAACGAUGCAGUUGAAAAUUUCAACCAAACCGCCAAUGGAGGAUGCGUAUUGUUCGCUACAUUCGUACCUUACCCUCCCCCGAACGAUAUUCGCCGAUAAGUAUCAGCUUGGAGAUGAGCUAUUCUUACAGUCGAAGAACCUGUCAUCAUUGCGGUACAUCAGUCAGCCUGUAGAUCUUGAAGCACCGAGCUAUGCCAUGAAUAUUUGGGGAUCGAGUGUCCUUUUAGAGCUACAACCACAAGAAGUCAGGAAUGGCAGAUCAUGGACGGCCGAAAUCCCUCUUCACCUUCGGUACUUGGCACCUGCGGAACAAGGAUACAGAAAUAUCAGCGUUCCGUGGCCAGUAGUCUUCUGGGCUUGUACCGCUGAAGAUGGUACAAAGUUCCCGAACAGUCCAUUCGACAGGGUCAACCUAGGAUAUGAUGGGCUAUUUGGACCUCGUACAUUAUUCUGGCAUGUUGAUGCAAAACCAAGUGAAGGCGAAAAUCUAUACCAUGACCUCCAGGUACCCGUGCUUGAUUUAGGAUUAUCAAAUCGGAUCAGCUCCGGCACGGCGACUGUGGUCCUGAUGGGUCUCACUUUCGUGAUCUGGAAACUCGUAACAGUCUGUCUAGGAAUGAACCAUCCUCCCGCUAGCCCAAAGAUAGACAGGUCAAGGAGGAGGAGCAGGAGACUAUGAUCUAUGAUAUAGCAUUGCGAAGCAUCAAUAUUCUAGCAUUUUCAUGGGUCAAAGGAUGGGUUAUGGAAUUUGAAUCGGUGUUGGGGGUCAUGUGAUUGCGUAUUAUGGCCGGGGCGGGCGUUUUAGGUACCUAAUUCGGAUUCGUUAACAGGGGCCACAGUACCCCCCUA